AUGAAUGAAAAAUUGUUAAAAGCCUUAAUUUUUGACUUACUUUAUAGUCGUUAUUACGGACCGCAACCAAAAAGUUUACCAAGUGGAAAGAUUGGGAAUAUACGGGAAGUGAAAGUAGGCGAAACGGUGCUAGAUAUUAAUAAUGAUUCUCCGCCGUUGGCGGGUUAUCAAGAAAGUAAACCUAACGUUUAUUCUAAUUUGUAUCCGGGUGAUAGUUCGCAGUAUAAGGAGUUUGGGAAAGCUUUGGUCGAAUUACAAGUCCAAGAUAGUAGUUUAAGUUUGGAAAAAAUUGACUCGCAGUUAUUAGGUCCGGGUUUUCGUUGUGGUUUUCUCGGGUUGCUCCACCGAGAAAUUAUUUGUGAGAGAAUGCAAAAAGAAUAUCAGUGUGAAAUAAUUAUUACUCCUCCUAGUAUUACUUACCGGGUAACUUACCAGAAUGGUAAAGUUGCUGAGAUUAUCAAUCCGCAAAAAAUUCUUCCUAAUCAGAAAAUAAAACUCAUUGAAGAGUUGUUUAUUUCUUGUCUUGUCACUACUCCGCUGGAAUAUCUAGGAACGAUAUCGCAAUUAUGCCAAAAUAAACGCGGG